AUGUCCUCGCUCCGGCACGACGACGAGGAAGUGGAUUUCGACGAGGAAGGCGAGAGGGGCGGGGGGGACAUCACCUCCUCCCUCGACCCGGAGGGCCAUCCCCCUCCUUCCUCCUCCUCCUCCUCCCCGCCCCGGGCCCUGAAAAAACGCAAAAGCGAGGGCCAGACGUCGUUGCACGUCAAAGGGCGCGGGCACCGAAGCCAAGAGGAGCGCGGGGAGGGCGGGAGGCCGCCCUCGUUCGAGGUCUUGGGAGGGGAGGGAGGAGGGGAAGGGGGUGCCGCCAAGUCGAUCGAGGGGUGGGUGAUAAUGGUCACGGGCUUGCACGAGGAGGCGCAGGAGGACGAAGUGGUGGACCGUUUCGGGGAGUUCGGGGAGGGUACGCCCUGGUUGAAUUCACCUUAA